GCAGGGUGGGAACGGUGCUGGAGCUGUUGGAGGAACGCCAGGAGGUGGCAACUACGAGGGGGUGUGAGGGGCUGACCUGGGGUAGAGUCCUGCCACCCGGACUCAGGAAGAAAAUCCUGAGGUGGCGACCUGCAGACUGGGCUGUCAGGAGAUGGAGAGCCCGCUCACGCCCACCCGACCGCCUACUACCAGUGUUCCCGGAUGCAUGGGCUCCAGCGCCUGCCCUUUCGCCAUUUCCUCCCAGCUGGCAUUAAAUCCCGGUGUAGUAGUUAUCAGUGAUUAAGAGUCUAAGCAGCCACGUGUUCUAUUGCCGCCAGUCCGCAGGACACGCAAGUGAUCGUUUUGCUGCGUUAACUCUAUGGGCGCCCAAAUCUUAGGAAUCCAUUCCACGCCACCCCGAAGACAGCGCUUGACCCUUCGGGACUGCCACGCAGGAGGCAAUCAAUGUUUUUCUUUCUUUGCUUAGUUUUUUAAGAGACAGGGUCUCGCCCUGUUACCCAGGCUGGAGCACAAUGGCAGGAUCAAGGCUCACUACAGCCUGGAACUCCCGGGCGCAGGUAAUCCUCCUCAGCCUCGGGAGUAGCUGAGACCCCAGGCGCGCGCCACCACGCCUGGCAUCAAUCAAUGUCUUUCAAAACAAAGGCUGUUAAACGUGUUAUAGAAAAGAAGCUGUUUAAUGGUAGGUCCUACCAGACGUGUUUGUUUUAUUUUUAGAUUUGGUUAAUGCAUUGUUUCCCGUAAAAUCGCAACCCACGGAAACCCGAAACUCUAGAAUUCGUGCAGGUCCCUUUCGCUUCCAGGUCAUCCUCGGGGCAACGGCCGCCGCUCUAUCUUGUCAGAACUUCCAGGCCCAGUUUCAGCAACGUGCAGGCAGAAGCUGGCGCCUCGGUGGGAUGCGAGGGCGUGCGGAGUGCAGGAAGGAGAGCCCCACUGGCCUUUCCAGGGCACCCGCGGUGGAUGGGAACGCUCCUUCGGGCGCCUUUCCGGGAAGUUGUUUGGCUGAGGGCAGGUGGUCCGUCACGUGAAUGAUUAAAAGUUGUUACCUUGGAGAAGAAAUGGGGGAAAGGAUUGGCUUUCGGAGGUGGGCUGGAAACUACAAAACCGAGCUUCUUGGGAAUGCCUUUUAGGCUAACAGGAAGUGGAGCGUCACCGAAAGGGAGGGGCGGCCACUCGGGGACUGUCCCCUGCUCCAGGCGCUCACUUUGCGGGCGGCGCUUUUUCCAGGUUGUUAAUCCAGCGAAUGGGGAAGGAUAGAUGCACGCUGCUUGGUUUAGGGGGAAAAAAAAAAUGAGCGAACGAUACGCCCCUUCCGUUUUGUGAUAACCAAGCUGCAAGGAAAUAAAUCGGCUGGCCUUACUGCAAUCUACUGCACUCGAGUGACCAGAGAGCCUGCUUCUAUCAGUCACUGAAGACAUAAGGAAUUUUUUUUAAAAUUAAACUUCAACACAAUGAGGUAAAAUUGGGGGAUUAGAAGCUAUCUGGAAGGAACUGUCUAUGACGGAGACAGGGGAUAAACUCCUACUUAAAAGAAUACAUGAGAGGGAAGCAGUCACUCAUGAGUGUCUUCAACAGUGUAUAUUUAUAGUGUUGCCACAUCUGCAAACUUCCUGGGAGAGUAAUGGGGAUUCGAGUGCUUCGAUUCUCUUUGGUGGUCAUCCUCGUAUUAUUACUGGUAGCUGGUGCUUUGACUGCCUUGCUUCCCAGUGUCAAAGAAGACAAGAUGCUCAUGUUGCGUAGGGAAAUAAAGUCCCAGGGCAAGUCCACCAUGGACUCCUUUACUCUCAUAAUGCAGACGUACAACAGAACAGAUCUCUUAUUGAAACUUUUAAAUCAUUAUCAGGCUGUACCAAAUCUGCACAAAGUGAUUGUGGUAUGGAACAAUAUUGGAGAGAAGGCACCAGAUGAAUUAUGGAAUUCUCUAGGGCCCCACCCUAUCCCUGUGAUCUUCAAACAACAGACAGCAAACAGGAUGAGAAAUCGACUCCAGGUCUUUCCUGAACUGGAAACCAGUGCAGUGUUGAUGGUAGAUGAUGACACACUCAUCAGCACCCCAGACCUUGUUUUUGCUUUCUCAGUUUGGCAGCAAUUUCCUGAUCAAAUUGUAGGAUUUGUUCCUAGAAAGCACGUCUCUACUUCAUCAGGUAUCUACAGUUAUGGAGGUUUUGAAAUGCAAGCACCAGGGUCUGGAAAUGGUGACCAGUACUCUAUGGUGCUGAUUGGAGCCUCAUUCUUCAAUAGCAAAUAUCUUGAAUUCUUUCAGAGGCAACCUGCAGCUGUCCAUGCUUUGAUAGAUGAUACUCAAAACUGUGAUGAUAUUGCCAUGAAUUUUAUCAUUGCCAAGCAUAUUGGGAAGACUUCAGGGAUAUUUGUGAAGCCUGUAAACAUGGACAAUUUGGAAAAAGAAACCAACAGUGGCUAUUCUGGAAUGUGGCAUCGAGCUGAGCAUGCUCUGCAGAGGUCUUACUGUAUAAAUAAGCUUGUUAAUAUCUAUGGCAGCAUGCCCUUAAAAUACUCCAACAUUAUGAUUUCCCAGUUUGGUUUUCCAUAUGCCAACUACAAAAGAAAAAUAUAAAGGUAAAACAAACAAAACAAACCUGAAAACUGCUUGGCAUUUGAGUAGCUUCUCCAUGCUAUGUAUUUUUUUAAGCAACAUCAUGAACUUUUAUCUACUCCAGAAGUCUUUACAAUAGGAAAAAAUGUGCAGUGCUUCUAGGAUAUAAAAUUCACAUUACUUUUGAAAGCCAAGAAGUUGGUCUUAUCCAGUUAGGUCUUAGAUGAAGAGUUUUCAUCCAGGGAUGUAACUCCUUGGUCAGUGAUUUUAUUGUUUACAUCCUGAGACUGUUCUACAGUUUCUUUGACUCCUGGCAUUUGCCUUAAGGACCUACAGCAAGCUGUUUCUAGGAUCAGAAACUCAAGAGAGGCGUAUCUCUGCUUUUUCACUAAAGGUCGAUUGUUUUAAUUUGAAGCCUGAAAUGCCUCUUCAGCAAAAGCCUGUGGUAUGGGGUAAAGCCAUGUGAGAAGAGAAUAGUCUCAGUCACAUAUGAGAAGGAAAAUUUGCAGCUGCCAGUGCUUUCGUUGUGGCCCUGCCAACCAGCUCUUCCAGGACAAACUCAGUCCAGCAUGGUUUUCAUGUAACCAUGAGUGCUUUUAUCUUUGCGAAGUAUUUUGUGACUGGGACAGUUAAUUUUAGUAGCUGAGGAACGUCUAGUUUGCUUGAUUUUUGUGAACAUUUACUGCAUGGAUCACAAAACAAUAUACCCUGUAUUUCUUAUAUGCAACUUACAUGCAGCAGAGAGUAAAUGUGUUACUAGAUUCGGGUAGUGCAUUUUGUCACUGAAUCUGACCUUGAGAAUGUACAUUAAUUCUUAUAUUUUACGUAAUGUAUGUGUUGUUUAAGAAAUGUAUAAAAAACCUUCUGAAAAAAAUGAGUGAAUAAGAACUAGCAGAAGUUAAAACCCUUUGCAUCAAAAGAUCUUUAUUGUUAGAGCACUGGUUAUCUUCUGGAUACUAAAAAGUUGUAUUACAAAGCCAAACACUUGCAUUCACAACUCUAAAAAAAGAAGAUCCAAGAUACUAUUCAUAAUGAUGUAAUUUCAACUAUAUACAAAGAGGAGAAAACAAGAACCCAGUCAUAACAGAGGAAUUCUAUAGGGAGUCUGCAUCAGUUCAUUGUUAAGGUUGUCUACUCUCUGUUACGUGAAUUAGCAUCUGUGUUCCACCCAUUGUCUGUGUUUAGUCCUUGUUCACUACUAGGGCAAGGAAUUCUUAACUAGGCCUCUGUUUACCACCUUCUCUUUCUCCUCCUUUCCCUCUUCUUCCUCCUUCUCCUCUUCCUUCUUCUUAUAUAAUGCCAGUAUAUUCUCAAAAUUGCAAAGCUGUGAGAAUAUUAAAAUAAUCAUGGCUAAUGUUCCAAUAAUGAGGUCUUUGUGCAUUUAGUUCAGUAUAUGAUUUUUUUUUUACAUUAAAGAGUAUAUGUAUCUUAAUGCAGUCAGAUUGUAAAAAACAAAAACAAAGAAACUUAGAACCUUACUAAAAAUCAAUAAUGUCAGUUAUCUGUUUUGUCCAAUAUUGGUAGUACUUUUUUGCCUCUUAUGAUUCCUCUAGCAGAUAAAUAAAAAACUUUUGCCAUCCA